AAAUUCGUGUCCUACCCACAUCUUCGCGCGCAUAUAAUCUGUCAACAACACUCGAACGAAAAUGUUUAACGUGUAAUUUGAACUCCAUAUUGAAAGAGAGACGUCGAGCAACGGAAUGGUGAAUGAGAAAGAAUUUUGGACGGAGGUACGAAAAGAUAUUCCACGAUACAAAAAGAGGAAGCCGCGAGUGGUUCCUGCCUUCACGAUUCAGGCAUUGCAGGAAAACACGGUUGUCGCGAAACCCCCGCAAUGCGGACUGUACAAACCCCGCCCGCCGAAGCCGUCGACUUUCCGGAAGUUUUACAAGCGCGGCGUAUUCCCCAUCUCGUUGGAGAACGACGGCUACGAUCAGAAAAUUAAUUGGAAGGUGGACAACAUAGAAGAUCUGGAUUUCCAUCACUACCUGCCGAUGUUCUUCGACGGAUUAACGGAAACCGAGCAGCCGUACAAGUUUCUGGUGGAGCAAGGAAUAUCGGAUAUGCUGGAGCACGGCGGGCCGAAGAUCUUGCCCGUCGUCCCCCAAUUGAUUAUUCCUAUUAAAAACGCUCUGAAUACAAGAAUGCCCGAGAUAAUCUGCGCCACCAUGAAGGCAAUUCAACGUCUGGUGCGAUCGGCCGAUUGCGUCGGUGAAGCCUUGGUCCCGUAUUUUCGGCAAAUCUUGCCAAUCCCGAACUUACUCAAAGACAGAAAUGUAAAUCUUGGCGAGGGUAUCGAUUAUUCUCAGCAAAGGGGAGAGAACGCGGCGGAUGUUAUACAAGAAACGCUCGAAAUCUUGGAAAGAUACGGUGGUGAGGAUGCCUUCAUAAACAUCAAAUACAUGGUCCCCACCUACGAAUCCUGUAUGAUGAAUUAGAUGGAAAAUGACGCUGCAAUCCUUUUAAUAGAUCUUAAUUCUUUAUUCGUGAAAAUAUAACUAUCACAAGAUCAAAAUGCAUGCAAAAUUUAAGAUAAGUUAUACAUAACAUGAACCCAAGGCGAAAUAAUCGAUUUAUAGACGUUGAUUCGCCGUCUACAAACAUCGACAUCGAAUCGAUAUCUACAGAUAUUGAAUCGACGUUUACAAACCGAAGGUAUUUCUCCUUGGGAAUGUAAUAAAAAAGAUAUUUCAAUAUAUAUGUAUAUAUAAUAAAUAUAUAUAUUAAUCGUUUGGAACUUGAAAUUAAAGAUAACGUAUUAUAUCAUACAAAUGACAUGCUUCUCUUUCAGAAAAACUUUAUAAAAAAGAAAAAAAAAUAAAGUCUCUGACAUAA